CAAUUUACUGUAACCGGAGGCCAUAACCCGAUUCUCCAAACUAGGGUUUCUUCAAUAGGGUUUUUCAUUCGGCACGAAUAUAAACGCCGCAUACGAUUUUAGUCUGCCAUUUUAUUGAGGGAAAGAGAGGGAGAUCGAACCUGACCGGAAGCAAUGGCUCCCAAGACGCCGAAGGUGAGCAGGAAUCCAGAUCUAGUUCGAGGAAUUGGUAAGUACUCGAGGUCUCAGAUGUACCAUAAGAGGGGUUUGUGGGCUAUCAAGGCCAAGAAUGGAGGUGUUUUCCCCAAGCACGACCCCAAACCCAAACCUGCUGCUCCCGCUGAGAAGCCGCCGAAGUUCUACCCUGCUGACGAUGUGAAGAAGCCUCUGCUUAACAAGCGGAAGCCGAAGCCCACCAAACUCAGAGCUAGUAUCACUCCAGGAAGUGUUCUGAUUAUUCUUGCUGGAAGAUUCAAGGGAAAAAGAGUUGUGUUCCUCAAGCAGCUUCCCUCUGGGUUGCUUUUGGUCACUGGUCCAUUUAAGAUCAAUGGUGUCCCUUUGAGGAGAGUCAACCAAUCUUAUGUCAUUGCUACCUCUACCAAGGUUGACAUUUCUGGAGUUAAUGUCGACAAGUUUGGUGACAAAUACUUUGCCAAGCAAGUGGAGAAGAAGAAAAGGAAGGGAGAGAGCGAGUUUUUUGAGGGAGACAAAGAGGAAAAGAAUGUCCUUCCACAAGAAAAGAAGGACGAUCAGAAAAGUGUUGAUGCACCAUUGAUUAAAUCGAUUGAGGGAGUCCCGGACUUGAAGGCUUAUUUAGGGGCUAGAUUUUCUCUUAAGGCAGGAAUGAAACCUCAUGAGCUUGUUUUCUGAGGGAAAAAGAGAAUUAGAAUUUUGUUUGGUCUUUAUUUUUGCAGUUGUGCUAUUUCAUUUUUUCUAUAGUUGAUAGCUAUAUGAACUCCGUAUAUGUUGAUGCAUUGUGCAAUGGAAUUUUUAUUUUUCCUA